CGUUGUCCUGCUACAAGAACGUUCCCCCCUCCUCCCUCUCUAAUCUCCGAUCCUCUCCGGCGCCGGCGCGCCGCUCCCAGCUCCAGCCACCGCGUCUGUGUUGACCUGCCAUCGCUUCGCUCCGGUAGCGCCGCUCAUGGCUUCUCCCACGGCCUCCGCCGCCGCCAUCGUCUCCUCCCUCUCGCCGUCGCCCGUGGCUGCGGAGAGGCCAAUUCCCCACGGCAGCCUCCUCUUCCGCGGCUCCCGCAACGGCUCCGGUCCCCUACGGCUCAACUCCUCACGACAACGCCGGCUCUCGCCGGCGCCUAGAGCGGCCAAGGCUGUGGGCGCAGAGAAGGCCGAUCCCCUGAAUGUCAUGAUAGCGGGUGCUCCGGCAUCCGGGAAAGGCACGCAGUGCGAGCUCAUCAAGGCCAAAUAUGGUCUGGUGCACAUUUCAGCUGGAGAUUUGUUGAGGGCGGAAAUCGCCACAGGCACCGAGAACGGGAAGCAGGCCAAGGAGUUCAUGGAGAAGGGACAGCUGGUUCCUGACGAGAUUGUUGUUAAUAUGGUGAAGGAACGUCUUCUUCAAGCAGAUGCUCAGGAAAAGGGCUGGCUAUUGGAUGGUUACCCAAGAAGUUAUUCACAGUCAAUGGCGCUAGAAAAUCUUGGAAUCCGGCCUGACAUUUUCAUUCUGUUGGAUGUUCCAGAUGAACUUCUUGUUGAAAGGGUGGUUGGCAGACGGCUGGAUCCUGUAACUGGGAAAAUAUACCAUCUUAAGUAUUCCCCGCCAGAGAAUGAAGAAAUUGCAUCAAGACUUACACAAAGAUUUGACGAUACAGAAGAAAAGGUUAAGCUAAGGUUGCAGACUCAUUAUCAAAAUAUCGAGUCCUUGGUCUCGAUAUAUGAAGAUGUUAUAAUCAAGGUAAAAGGAGACGCCAUGGUUGAAGAUGUGUUUGGUGAGAUUGACAAGCUGCUCACUUCCAGCCGGGAGAAGAAAAGUGAAAUGGUGGCUACCUCAUGAACACAGGAAAGUUGCGUGGAUUGGACAUUUGGUUGAAGUAUGAUUUUUUUUUCAAGACAAGUGCAUGUGACAAAGCAUUGGUAGGAUGAUUGUUAGAAAGUAGAAACCCAUCGUAUAUGCUUCACUAUUGUCCUGUAAACAUACAGACCUCUAUGAGGAAUGUAUUGAUUUAUACAGCCCAAAUGGAAAGUUGCUCAAGUUUGCACUU